AUGGCGCAGGAUUGUCCCGGGGGCCGUACCGGAGAGAUUGGGCGGCACGGCGUAGAAGAGCUCAUCGCUUGGCCGAGGGACGAGCACGAGGCUGACAACGCCCAGGACGACGAAUCGUGGGGGUGCUCUGCCAAUAAAUACGUUUGUCGACGUCGCGCAUCGCGUCUGCCCGCAACCACCUGCAUUCUGCUCACAAGGUUGGGCCGUUCCGGCCUCAUGCACGACACCACCUGCCGCUGCCUUGAGCACCUUUUCAGCCGUCGGUCAUGUGAAGCGCGCGAGGCCCAAGACGCGCUGCACUAUGCACCACUACGCACACUGUGGACAGAGAGCUGGCGCCACAUUGAGGUCCGUCCCAGGAUCGAUGAACGGGGCUUCGGCCUCGUUAGCGAGAUAGGUGCUUUUGCCCAGGUCCUGGUCCUGGCUCCUGGCUCCUGA